UCCUGCGACAAAACCGAGUUCAUGCAUGGCGUUGUCCUUUCGCAAAGUGCCAGCGGUGAUUGCACGUUUGCAGCCUGAGUGCCAAAUGAUCGUCGUGGCGAACCCACAGGCGAAGCCACGACGGAUCGCCACCAUGCUCAAGUGGCUGGCCUUUGCCGCCACGUGCUCCAUUCUGUCUUUCCAGUCUUGGCGGCUCAAGUUCACCGCGAACCUUCAAAGACCUCGGGGACAACCAUCACAGUUCGCCAUCGACUUCGAGAGCGGCUCGUUCACGCUAGCCGGCGAGUCCGUGCGGAUCCUGUCCGGCUCCGUCCACUACUUCCGCACGCCGCGCGAGCUGUGGAUGGAGCGCCUGACCUACGCGCGUGCCGCCGGCCUUAACACCAUCGACACGUUCGUCGAGUGGAGUAGCCACGAGCCGGAAGAAGGCCGCUUCGACUUCCACGGGCAGCGAGAUCUCGUGGCCUUCCUGGAGAUGGCCCACAACUUGAGCUUUAUGGUCAUCCUGCGACCGGGCCCUUACAUCGGCGCUGAGCGAGAUAUGGGAGGCCUUCCGCACUGGCUUUUACGAACAGAUUCCGGCAUUCGCCUGCGAACGAUGGAUACAAGAUACAUCAAAUUUGCGGACCGCUACCUCACCGAACUUUUCAAGCGGAUAAAGCAUCUGUCCGUGAGAAACGGCGGCCCCAUAAUUAUGGUUCAGGUGGAGAACAAGUACGGCUUGUCCAGGAAGUGUAACCGCACCUAUCUUCGCCACCUGCGGUUCUUGAUGCGCCAAGAGCUCGGAAGCGACACUGUUCUUUUCACCACGGACCGUGUUGGCGUGGGCGCCAUGUCUUGCGGAAGGAUAGAAGGAGUCUACCCGGCAGUCGCUUUCGGAGCUACGGCCAAUGUGUCUGAGGCGUUCGCCACCCAGCGAAUCUACCAGAAACGGGGGCCGCUAUUCGUCUCAGAGCUGUAUACAGGCUGGUUCGACCGCUGGGCCAUGCCCCACCGGCACGUGGACCCUGCCAUGGUCGCCAGUGCGCUUCGCCAAGUCCUGCUCGCCGGCGCUUCUGUAAACCUGUUCACUUUUCUCGCUGCACCUUUGAAAGCGUCCAUGGUCGCAGCCAAGGGAAACAAGGGCGCGCUCUUCUACAGGCCCCAUGUGACGAGCUACGAUUUCGGCGGCCCCCUGACGGAAGCGGGAGACCCGACUGAGUUAUUCGUCGCCGUCCGUCGCGUCAUUUCCGAGGCAAGCGGUCACGCUUGGCUUCCUUGCCGCUGUCGUCCGGUGAGGUCAGCUGCAGAGAAUCAGAGCCGAGAUCAGGACGUCGCUGGAAAUGGACUGUUUCUUGCACGGCAUUCGUUGCCUCAGUUAUUAGAUGUUCGUGGAAAACGGCGUUUCAGCGCCUGCCUCGAAUUAGUGGUUGAUAAAGGCGCUUCUCAUUCGUGUUCAAAAAUGUCCACCAACGUAUAUGCACGGUAUAAGCCGUUGUCCGUAACUUCGCUAUAUUUGUUCGAGCUGACUAGAAAGACCGGUGCUGUUCAUUUCUACUGUCGCGCACUUCUACAGGCUCAUGGUUUGAUGUUCUACGAUGUGGCUAUCACGUAUCAGCCGCAUGUUCCUGCCCUGCUCAGUGUGGAAGGAAUUCGAGACGGAGGGCACGUCUACCUUAAUGGUGUUUUUGUGGAUUCCGUAUCCCGUGCGGAGAACAGUAACGCCCUGCUGAUUAAAGCGAAACUACACCAAGUACUGACAGUUCUCGUUCAUAACGAGGGCAGGAUCUCAUCGGGGAAAGGCCUAAGCGAAAGUAAGGGGAUUGUCUCGAACGUGACGUUGGACAGACGCCUGCUGACCAAAUGGACCAUGCGGCCAGUUCCGCUCACCAACGCCACGUGGCUCACGAAUUACGCCCAGAUGCGCUAUGUUCGAAAGCAGACCUCUCUGAGAGCCGCCAGAUCACCUUUCGAGUUGCGCGUUUUUGCUGCCAAGUUCGAGCUGCCUGCCUCCAAUGUCUACGACACGUUUUUGAGGCCUGACCAGAAGACGAAGGGCAUUGCGUUUCUGAACGGCUUCAAUCUGGGUCGCUACUGGCCGGCGAGGGGACCGCAGAAAACUCUGUACGUGCCACGCACGCUGUUCAGGAAGGAGAACCUGCUCGUGCUCAUCGAGCUCGAAGGGGGCUUCCACCGCGGCGGCAAACCCCCCGUCGUCCAGUUCGUGGACAAGCCAGAGCUCCAUGGCACGGUCCACGAGAUGGAUGAAUAAACGGGACGAAAAUUUGCCUUUCUGAUACAGUAAAGAAUCUAUUUUACUACGGAAGUUUGUAACAUGCACCAGUGUUUGUCAAUAUGUAGUUCGUGGGCUCUCAUGGCUUUUUGGUCAUUGUGAGAAGCGAACGCAGCGUUUGCCAAGGGAUACGAUAAAACUAUAGACAGCCAUUUUUCUGCUACGUUUCUUUGACUAAGCGGCGUACGAACGACAUGCUCAUUGAGCAUCGUGCGCAGACAAUUUUUUUUUUUAUAUUACACAUCACGUGCUGGGCAUUCGCGGGGUCCAGUCAUCUGGCAGGCUACUGUAAGCGAUGCCAACGCACACUUUUAUUUCACGGCACAGGUGUUUUAAUUCCAGCAUAAUGACUUGACAAGUUUCACCCGAACGUUGUCAUACUCAUUUCUGGAAUAAGCGCGGAAUCAACGCGUAUUCUAAACCGAUAACUUUUAUGGUUAUCCCUUCUAUAAUGUGCCUCGAUUUGCUGAGUAAGCGCAAUCGGAUGUGAGGGGAAAAUGGUACAUGUCCCAUAAGCGCUGUUUUCAAAUCGCGGAGUAAUCGAAUUGACAAGGAUACUUUAGUGACGUCGCACUGAACAUUGCGUUACCCAAGAGUGAAAGCAUCCCGAAAAGUGAUUAAUCAAGAGCAGGAAGUCCGGUUUCCACAGCAUGGCAUUUUCUUUGAUUUUAGGGAAUUUAGACUGAACACA